UCCCGCAGGUGAAGAAGCCGGAUGUGGAGGUCCUGGCUGGACUGGUUACACGUGGUCUGCAGUUGUGAGGCCGGAUGGAACUACUGCCAAAAUCUCUACAAUGAUGUUGGAGGUGGCUUAUGGUAGAGAAAUAAACAUUAAAUUAUCUGGCAACAGCUCUUUUAUUUCAGCUCAUGAAACAUGAGACCAACACUUUUACAUUUUUGUUCAGUGUACUUCAGCGUGUUGCACCACAGUAACCCGAUGAGCUAAAGCCUAGGCAGCAACAAGGGGAGCUUACGCAAGUGUUCAGGUUUCAGGCGUGAUUAACCUCCUAAUUAAGUAUAUGUGGUUCCCCGAACCACCUCUGUUACACUACCUUUUAACACCUAGAUGGGAUAGAUAGAGAGGAGACAGGCAGUAAGAUCUGUUCCUUACCGUCUGACUGCUCUCAGGUGGGAUUUAUUAGCUGUUAACGGGAAGCUCAAGCUCGUGCUCAUAUGACUGCGGAAAUUCCUUGGUUAUCUAACAAGCACACAUACUGCCUCUCCUCAUACACACACACCCAUACACACCUCUUUGACGCUCCAGCUCAAAUCAAUGUGUGAGAGGAGGGAGAGGAUGGAGAGGAGGAGAAGGGAGAGGAGGAGAGGAGGUUGGGUUGUGUGUGUGGGAGGAGUGUGUGAUGGAGAAGGCAUGGGUUUGGUAUGAGGUGAAGGUGACAAGUGUUUAUUGACUUAAAGCAUUAUUCAUUGCAAUGUGUGUGUGUCAAUCAACAUGUUAAUUAUAGAGUUAGAAAGCAAUGUAUAGACAGGAAUUAACAACACAUUGCAUAUAUACACCACAUAAAUACGCAUUUGACAAAAUACACAUGUCCUUGUGUGACAGUGUCUAUACAGUACCUGUAAUAUCUGUGUCGGAAUGAUAAUCAGCGUGUGUGGGCACACACACCUGUGUGCGUGUGUGCACAUUCCUGUGUGUGUGUGUGCGGGCAUAUGAGUGUGUGUGCUUGUGUGCCUGUGUGCGUGCUUGUGAGCAUGCUUUUGUGUGUGUGUCCUGGGGCUCUGAGGUAAAAAGGUGUCAAUCUGUCUCAGUGGUGUGGGUUUCAGGGUGGUGGAGAAGGGGAGGGGGAUGGCUAGGUAACCAAGUAUACUAGGGUCGAAUUACACCGGUUCCUGUCUCUCUCUUUCCCAAAUGCAGAUAACUCCUCUCCUCUUCAUUUAAUCUUUUCUAAAGCCUCUGCAAGGGAUCUACAACCAACUGAAUGAAAGUACUUAAUCUUACAUUUGGAAUGUUCUGAAACAUUCUGGAACCUUCUGGAACCUUUAAGAACCUUAUGAUCCCUGUUGACAUCUUGAAGCCACCUGAGGAACUGAAGCUAUUUUUUGUUUUUCUCUGACUAGUCUGUGGUCUUUACCUGUCUGUACUGGUCUUUGCUGGUCUGUACUAGUCUGAACUGGUCUGUAGUGGUCAGGAUGCGAGGGUUAGAGCUAAAGGCCCUCGGUGCAGCGUUGCUGGUCCUUUCAGUGGUUAUCACCUCUCAUUGUCAGUCGGACUCUUCAGACUGCUCCCAGGCUGAGUCAUGUGACCUGUGUGUCGGAGACUCCACCUUAAAUCUGACUGGCUGUGUCUGGAGGGUCUGCGGGAACAGUAAUGAUACUGGGUGUGUAUCAGAUCAGGGUGAUUCUCAGAACUGUAAUGUGACAAACGACCCAGCCAUGUGCACAGUCAUGGAGAUAGCGGAAGAAGGUGAAGGGGACUCAGAUGAGUCUCCUCCAGAGCCAUCAGAGUUCUCCCAGGCCAGCUUUGACAUGUCCAGUUUCAUAGGAGGCAUCAUCCUGGUGUUGUGUGUACAGGCUGGGGGAUUCUUCGCCAUGCGCUUCCUCAAGAAAGAUACCACCUACGACCCCAUAGAGCAGCCAGCCUAGAGGAGAGGAGAGAGAGAAGAGGAGGACAGUGAAAGAUGAAGGAGGGAGGGAUGAGGGGGAGCUGUGACUCACCAUGCUGUCACGAUGCUUUGCAUGACGUCAAUCUACCAUACUCCAGUGCGUGUUAUACUUUUUUGUGUGUCCCAGAUGUGCACCUGUCGGUCAUUUUGUUUGUUUGACUGACCGUCCAUUAUGUUGUGUAACUCCUGUUUGUGUGUGUGUGUGUGCCCAUGUGUGUGUGUGCCCAUGUGUGUGUGUGCCCACGUGUGUGUGUGUGUGUGUGUGUGCCCAUGUGUGUGUGUGCCCAUGUGUGUGUGUGUGUGUGUGUGUGUGUAUUCCCUUUUUCCUGUCAGUUGGCCUAAAUGCCUUCUGAAUUUACAGUUGGCAAAUAGUAUUGUCUUAGAAGGUUGUAGUUAUGUGAAUGUGUAAUGAUUUUCAAUCUUGUUUAAACAUGUUCAUUAAUUUGUGUUGUUGAACUGGUUUGGCUUGAGCUGCGUUCAGGAGGGAGGGAUCUGGGAUCUGUUCUGUUGUUGUGUUGUUUAUGAAAAUAAAGAUCAUGCAAAAUAA